AGUUUAAUCACAACGACUAUUAGGCGCAGUCGAACUAUAUUUAGAAAUAAAAUUGUUACAAUUUAGCUUUAAAUAAAAUGAAAUUGCUUUUGUUAUUCACGGUCACCACUUGCAUAGUGGUCCGCAUUGACGCCGCCAUAUUGUCGGAUACUCAACACAUUACUAACGAUUUGGAUAGACAGAUUACAGAUCUUUAUAAAGCCAGAGAUGUCAAAGAAAAUUUGAAAAGCAGAACCAAGGAGAGCCUUGCUGCAGCUGGCGCAUACUUUAAAACACCCGACGCAGGUGAACUUCGAAGCAAUGCACUAAAUUUGGCGCAAGAAAGAUUAGCUGCCGCUGCUGAAUAUCUGAAAGCACCUGAGUAUCCAAAACAUCUUUCUAGAACCCAAAUGGAGAAUGCACGUGCUGCCGUUGCCGAGUACUUUAAAGCUUCUGUACCGCCGAGGCAUAAUACCAGGAUUGAUAGAACGGUAGAAAGUUUAGCUGCGGCUGCUGAGUACUUUCAAGCACCUGAAAAUUACUCAAAGAUGAUUAAAGUUGCAAAGAAAAGCCUUGCUGCAGUCAGAAAGCCGCUGUCCAGAUCAACAAAGAAGACUCCACGUCAUCGAUUUGUGCGCCUAGGUUAAUUUAGAAGGAUUAGUUAAUUUAUUGUUGUUCUAUAGUAUAAGUUUUAGAAAUUAUAUGUAUUACGUAGCAAGAAUUCAUAGUUGAAUAUAACAUUGAGUCCAUGAGAGUUCUAAA